GCGGCCUUCGACGCCGUAGGAAUGUUGUUUGGUGUGUGGUUUCAUAAUUUACAUUGCGAUGAAAAACGGGAAACAAUGUAGCAAUGUGUAAACAAAGAAAAUUGCUUUCCAAAAAUAAAGCCGAUUGUGCAACCAGUUCCAAGAACCGGUCUUGAAAUCCACUCGAGCUUCCGCCCUGCUGCCCGUUACCUAGCAACACAGACGACCAAUUAUUCAAUGUUUACGUUGGUUGACAGCAGAUUGGUAGUGGGCUGGGUUUUCGGAGAAGAAGAAGAAGAAGAAGAAGGGUUUUCGGAGGGGCUGGUGGGUGGUGUGCCUGCGUGUCCACGGGGUAUUUAUUUACAAAAUCGCUUCCAGAUGACAUUUCCCCGUCCGUGAAGGCGAUGGAUUAUCGGGCACGGCCGCGUGAUUUUCGGUGCUAGGCUGUGAGGAACACAGAAAGCCUCAUUGUUUCGGGUUCGAUUCGUCAGCGUGGAAUUGUUGUUCGCCUUGUACGACGAUGCGGGCUGGUCAAGUGUGCUGCGGUUGCUAAGGUUACGGAGCCCGCCCGCCUGUUUUUGGUGUUGUUAGUAUCGCCGUUCGAAGAUACGGUGAGCGGGCAAUCUUGACGCCGCACAGGAAGCACAAGCAGCGAUAAGCUAUCGAAGAGCAGUUAUUGGAGGGGAUAAGGAGCGACAUCAGAUAAAAGCACGAUCGUCAGAAUGCAGCCGUCCACGGUUCGUUGCGGCUCAGCGGGAAUAGUGCUGCCGAUAGACGAAAUGGAGCAGUCCGAGCUAACGGUACCCGACGCGGUUUACGGAACAUUUCGAUUGCCAUCGUUUGUACGGGCGGUGACGGAAGCGCCCGAGUUUAUGCGGUUGAAGUAUUUGAAACAGUUAGGCGUAUCGAAUGCGGUGUUUGGGACGGCUCGGCACACCCGAUACGAUCACUCGCUGGGAGCAUGCUACCUGUCCGGAAGAUUGCUGGACGCGGUGAACAAGACCCUCAACCCGCCCGUUACCGAGGACGAACGAAAGUGUGUAAUGUUGGCUGCCGCCCUACACGACAUUGGCCAUGGGCCGUUUUCCCAUCUGUGGGAAAAGUUUGUCGAAGUUUACGGAGCACCUUGGCGGCACGAACGUUCCUCGGUGGAGCUGGCGCAGUGUGUACUAGAUCGGCUGGAAAACGUCUCGGUAAAGCAAAUCGCUCUAAUCUGUGCGCUAAUACGAGGCGAUGCAGCCGACCUGUUGACGUCGGAUCGCCAAUUCCUCGCGCAUAUCGUUAGCAGCGAUGUGGACGUCGAUCGGUGCGACUAUCUGCAGCGCGAUGCACACCACGUGCCGGGGGUGAUUGAACCGUCGCGACCGUUCCGACAAAUGUUCGAUCGGGUGCGGGUCGUGACGGUGGAGGGCAAGGCCCGGCUCGCCUACCACUGGCAGGACUAUCCGCUGGUGUACGAAAUGGCCUGCGCACGGCAAGCGUUCCAUCGGCGCUGCUACCAGGACGUGGAGGUGCUCGGUGCGGAGCUGAUGAUGCUGGACGUGAUGCAUGAAGCGGAACGGGCAGGUUUUCGGUUCACGCGUGAUGGAACCAGUGAACCACUCUCGAAAGUACACGACAAACCGGAGCUGUUUAGGUAUUUAAACGAUAAUAUUACCUCAGAGCUGGCCGCUAGCAAGCUGCCCGGGCUCGACCGAGCCAAAGCACUCAUUGCUCGCUUACAGAUCAAAGAUUUAUACAAGGAAGUUAUCCGUUUUUCAAUCGACAUGAUUGAAGAGGUGAACAAAUUCAACCACCAGCAGGGAAAACCCAUCGUAGCACAAGCCUUCCGCUUCGUAAAGUCUACCAAGCAAUGGUUUGGUAGCUUCAACGUUACCUUCUACAAGCCGUCACAAACGAAGGGUGAUGAUGAUGAUGAUGUGGCUGUCGUUUCCCUGGAGGAAGCACGGGACCUGAACCAUAGUAAUACCGUAACGGGCGAAUCGGCCGAAGAGAUUAAAGAGUAUAUUAUUUACUGUACCGAUACGAACCCGGCAGUGCACAGUGCUGCCCAGCAGUACUUUGCUAAACUGCGCGGCGGAAGUGCAGCGAAGGAAAGCUAGUCCGAUGUGUAUUAUACGCCCUUCGCCCUGUUUUGCACUAUCGUUUGUGUGAAAUGUUAAAUUAUUAUUUUGUUUUGUUUUGUUUCGUUCUCUUCUUUCUUGAAGUAUAAAUGAUGAGGCUUUUAGUGUUCCCAAUACAUGGUGAGCAUUGGUAUAGAAUUACCUCAGGAAAAACAGGAAACGCGUACAUCACCCAUUUUCAAAGAUUUACAUAUAUUUAUUUUAGUUCGAGCGUGUGUGUGAAUUGAUGUGAACCAAAAAAAAAAGCAACAGAAAACAGAAUUUCAAGAGAUAUAUUAAAGGUUCGGUUUUUUUUCGGAAUUUCAGAUUUAAAA